CGCCAGCUCCCCUCCACGCGGGCACCUGAUGUGAGGAUCGUCCACAUACAGCAGGGAGGGCUUAGAAGUCAAACCCCCACCGGCCCCCCCACCACCACCACAUGACGGGGGACAACGUGGCGGCGGUGCGGCGGUGGGAGCGCGCGGCACACGUAGCGGGACGCGCAAGAAGACAAAGAGACGCUCGGCGCGGCGGGAUGCGCUCUGACGCCAGGCUUCGACUCUUUUUGGGGGGGAAGUAAAAGCAAGAAAAAAACAAAGACUUCUUUUCCCAGGCGAAGGACUGCCGGACCACCACUACCACUUGUGCCCUCUUCUGCUCCUCCGGAUGCUCAGAAAUGGGGGAAUGGACUAUACUAGAGAGGCUCCUGGAGGCUGCUGUCCAGCAGCACUCUACUAUGAUAGGAAGGAUCCUGCUGACGGUGGUGGUGAUCUUCCGCAUCCUGAUCGUGGCCAUCGUCGGAGAGACGGUGUACGAUGACGAGCAGACCAUGUUCGUGUGCAACACGCUGCAGCCGGGUUGCAACCAGGCGUGCUACGACAAGGCGUUCCCCAUCUCGCACAUCCGCUACUGGGUCUUCCAGAUCAUCAUGGUGUGCACGCCCAGCCUGUGCUUCAUCACCUACUCGGUGCACCAGUCGGCCAAGCAGAAGGAGCGGCGCUACUCCACCGUCUACCUGACCCUGGACAAGGAGCCCGACUCGCUGCUGAAGCGCAGCGGGAUCCUCGGAGGAGGAGGCGGUGGCGGCGGCGGGGGCGACGAUUCGGCCAAGAAGAUCAAAAACACGGUGGUCAACGGCGUUGUGCUUCAGAAUAGCGAGAACUCCACCAAGGAGGCCGAGCCCGACUGCCUGGAGGUGAAGGAGAUGCCCAACUCGGCGGCCGCCAGAACUACAAAGUCCAAAAUGAGGCGCCAGGAGGGCAUCUCGCGCUUCUACAUCAUCCAGGUGGUGUUCCGCAACGCGCUGGAGAUCGGCUUCCUGGUGGGUCAGUACUUCCUGUACGGCUUCAACGUGCCCUCGGUGUACGAGUGUGACCGCUACCCGUGCAUUAAGGACGUGGAGUGCUAUGUGUCGCGGCCUACGGAGAAGACGGUCUUCCUAGUCUUCAUGUUCGCCGUCAGCGGCUUCUGCGUGGUACUCAACCUAGCCGAGCUCAACCACCUGGGCUGGCGCAAGAUCAAGACGGCGGUGCGCGGUGUGCAGGCCCGCCGGAAGUCUAUUUACGAGAUCCGGAACAAGGACCUGCCGCGGAUGAGCGUGCCCAAUUUCGGGCGCACGCAAUCCAGCGACUCUGCUUACGUCUGAAUAGGAGAAGCCCCCCCAUCCACCCCGCAUCCACUCUUUAGCACCCCCACCCUUUCUGCGUUUGGAACUUCUGACUAUUACGCACGCCUGAAUCCGUGUCAUUACUUUUCAACAGCGGGCAAGUUGAUUUUCCCUCUCUUUCCAUGAAUUAUGGGCUUGGAUUACGCGUGCGCCGGCUUGCUUAUUUAUCAUUAUGAUUGCACUGAUGCAACUUUUUCAGUUUGUACUCCGUAACAGCGAUCAUACUUACAAAAAAAUACACACUGGACACUUCAUUAGGUACACCUGACCUUUCCAAGGAUAAAUUCACUGAAACACUAGUGAGAUUGACAGCAAUCAAAACCUGUGAAAAGCAUUAUGUACCUAAUGUGACUGAAGAAUGCACUAAAAGAAGGUAAACACCUGAAUGCUUAAUCCAAAAAUGUGCUUUGUUUUUUCUUUUUUAAAAACCUCAACCUGUAGUUAAGUGGCACCAUCAAAAGGACACAAAUAUAUACAUAUACAUAUAGAUAUAUAGAGACUAUAAACACAUCGGUAUUUUUUUUGUUGCCUGUGUCACACCACUUGACCUUAAAACAUAAAGCCGUUCCAUUACUUUCUUAUAUCAACCGUCGCUGCAAACGCUAACGUCUGUGACUUUACCUUCACGUUUUUGCUUUGUAGGACACACACACACACCAAAGCGCCCAUAGAUUUUUGGCAUCAUUUAUUAAGUGUAAGAGAUUUUGUUUCUUAUAUUUUUUUUUGCUGUUGCUUCUUUUCUUUCUUCUUUGUGUAAUCAAGUGCCAUACUUGUAUAUAGACAUGAUAUAAAUGUAUACAUAUAUAAAUAUAUAUUAUACAUAUAAAUAAAAUAUUCGUUAUCAAUGAAAAGCGUAUUCCCCCUGCUUGGAUGCUAAAUAAUUCCCAUUUUUUUAAAAAUGCUAUUAUUGUGAUUUCAGUGAAUUGCAUAUGCAUACAACCAGCUUCAUUUCAGCGGUGGGAAAUGAAGUCCUUUUUUUUAAUGCUCACCUCCCCCAUGAAUCAAAAGUAAGAAAAAUAGCACAAAUUAAGAUUUUUUUUUUUUUUAAAUCAAAAAUACAAACUGCUCUGGUGCUACGGUUUUGCUUUGUUUUUCAAAGAAUGCUUUGAAAAUGUAACCAAAAAGACAUCGGAAUAAGGAAUGACGAGUAAAUAAAAAGUGGGAUUCAUGUACACUGCAAGUGUGUGAGGUGCAGUGUUUUUUUUGUGGGAGUGCUUACUGUAGGUGUGAGUGUGAUUGUGUGUGUGUGUAGCCUUGGUGCAGUGACUGUAGCCACGCCCGCUCCACUGCGGGACACACCUUUCACACGGGAGGUGCCGCAUCAAUGAUGCACAAGUCAUUAAUAUAUGCAGCGGACAAAACAUUAGACUCAUCUGCAUGAGAUCCAGCAUUGAAUAUCCACACGAAAUCGUUUAUAGGGCUAGACACUAUUUUCCGUAAUUAAAAAUAAAAAUAAUUGUAAUCUCAUAAAGACCUGUCGUUCACAUGCACUGACAUUUUGGGUCAUGUAGGCAAAGGCGUAGGUUUGGUGUCAAUAUUAGUAGGGACGAUAUAAGAGCAUAACCUGCAUGUACACUUUUUGCUGGGGACGGGACAUUAAUAGGACUUAAACAGAUUGGGUGAACGGUGAUCAGGGCUACAUUUCUCACCAAUAUGAACCUAAUUAAUUGAUAGGCUAAAUGAUUAAUGCAAAAAUAAAUCUGUAUUGCCUCAUACUAACUUCCACACUGCAAAUGUAUAACUUCUUAAUCUGAUUUUUUUUCUUAAAUCUGGUCAGAGCGACAUUUCUCACCAGUAAGAACCCAAGUGAUUGAUAGGCUAAAUGAUUAAUGCAAAAUAAAUCUGUAUUGACUUAUACUGACUUUCACACGGCAAAUUUAUAACAUCUUAAUUUGAUCAUUUUUCUUAAAUCUCGUGGAAAAAAUUUCUCCAAUCUUGUUUUGAGUGUUAAAGGCUAGUUAACAGAUUAAUGUGUUGGAUUAUUUUUCGUAACUAUUACUAUUUGUUCUUAUGAAGCCCAUACAUCCAAAAGUCUAAAUCAAGAAAAAAAUGCUUUCAAAUAAUGUUUUGAACAAUAUCUAUUCUUGAAUUCAGCAUUUUGCUUAAAAUAUGUAUGUUAGCCUUAUUUUCAGCUGGCUAUUUUUCUUAUUUCAAGAAAUCCGAGUAAAAAUUUACUUGAAGCACUGGUAGAUAAUUUCACUUAUUUCUAGUAGAUUUAUUUCUAUAUAUUUCUAGUAUGUACUGGUUCAGGCUAUACACCGUUCAAUUCAAACCUUUGUUUUCAAAAACUACAAAAGAAACAUUAAUUGAUCAAUUAAAUUUUACAAAAACUUCUUAGUCAGGGAAUAACAAAAAUAAAUAAAAAUGGAGCAUUCUUUGUCCACCAGCACAGCCCAAAAAUUUAAAGCUCCUUUGGAAUGCUUUAAGACCACAUAAAUAAAAUAAAAAUUAAAACUAGGGAGAAGAGGGUGAACCUUUGUUCACUACGUCUUACAGUUUGAUUAACGUUAACAGUAGAAAACAUCCAGGAGGAUAUUUCUCUCAUAGCAGCUUCCUCCUCGAGUUUGAGAAAUACACACAGAUUAAUGUUAUGCUAACUCUGAUGCAGGUAGCACUUUCAGCCGCAAAAUAAGUGGUAUGUUCCCCACCUCCACAACAUUGACGACGUGUUAACGGGCGGUAAUUAAUUUUUAAAAUUAAUUAAUUUUAAAAAUUAAUUACGUCAAAAUAUUUGACACAAUUAACGCAUGCACGGAAUGACCCGUUGCCACAAACAGUUUACAAUGACGCCGUUUUAGCACAUUGGGAGCCAAAAGGCAGAGAAAUGCAAGGGGGCACAGGCGUUCAUUAACAACCUUUUUCUUAACACGCUUAAUUGAACACAAAGUAGAACAUACUGUAUACCAUUUGCAGCCAUCACUGACAGUCAUGGCUGCUCAAAUUCCCAGCAUGCAUUUAGGCGAAGCGGGAGACAAUCAUUUUUUUUGGACACACUUAAUUGAACGCAAGGCAGGACAUACUGUAUACCAUUUGCAGCCACCACUGACAGUCAUGGUUACCAACUUUCCAUCAUGCAUUUGGGUAGAACCAUUAAGUUGCUACAGUAUCAUUUAGUGAAAGCACUACAAAAAUAAUAUUCCAAUCUCUCCAAAAAAAUAAUAUUCACAAAAAGAAAAGCGCUCAAUGCAAAGAGAACUGGCAUUCCCAAUCAAAAUAGCUAUGCCAAAUACACAUAAAACUUACUCAGACUUUGCCUUGGCUAGAUCUCUAAUUAAUUUCUCCAUUGACUCGCCAUUUACACUAUGUGGUGUAUUUUCAAUCACUACUUUACUUAUCUUUCCAUUCCAACAAUAAUUUAGAGAAAAAUGUGGCAUAUUUUAGAGAUGGUUUGAAUUGCGAUUAAUUACGAUUAAUUAAUUUUUAAGCUGUAAUUAACUCGAUUAAAAAUGUUAAUCGUUUGACAGCCCUACUUUUUACAUUACUUACAGUAACUGCUGCUAGUGGAAAAAAAAACUUAUAUCCCUCGUCUUUGAAUGGGGUGGAGGGGGCGGCAUAUUGUAUCGGGGGGCAGGUCAUCAGCCAAUCAAAUGUCCGUUUGAGGGGGGAAAAAAUGGACUGGCACAUUCACCAAGUGAAAGGGGGUCGAUGUAAAUAUGCAAAAAUAAUUCACUUAAUAAUGGUAGGGUCUAUUCUAUCCUUACAACAUAUGGGAAGACAAUCUAAAUUACCUAUAUAACUGAAGUCAUUAUAUACUAGUAAUGCAAAUAAGGUUGCUUAAAAGUGGGUGGGGACAAUUUGAAAUCCUGAAAUGAUAGUAGUAUUAUGUCCCUACCAUCCCAAUGCAAACCUACGCCCUUGCACGUAGGCCCUAAUAUUAACAUUUGAUAUACAAGUGUGGCCUACAAAAUGUGAUGUAAAUAUAUGGUGACGCCAGGUCUCAGUUUUCUUUUUCAUUACUAAUCAUUGCUAUUAUAUUUUUAAGAAUGAAAUGGCUUAUGAAUGAAUAAAGUGUUAAUUAAAAACAUAAUUAAUACUGACUGAAUGCUCAUGUUUGUGCGCCAGUGAUCACUCGCUGCCAGCCUCUCCCAGUCAAAAUGGAUUAGACGUCUAGCGCCGUCAAUGGCAGCCAAUGAGUUAAAUGAGUGCCCUAUAAAGGGUUAGAAGCAUGAAAUCUGUUUUGAUCGACACGUUUAAUUAAUUGUCCACAGAUCAAACGGCUAUCACUGUCAAUGGUAGAUAAUGUAAUGGUAUUAUUGUGUUUGAACUGAUUUGUCAUUUUGGGUGCCUCUCUGUUUUUCACAUAAGGUCAUUAAAUAGUUAACUGGUAAAGCCCUUUUUGAACGUUGUUGCUAACCAAAUCAGAGGCGAAUUAACAAUAUUUUAGAUUCUAUAAAUAUGGCUUUGCUAAUAAAUGGCUUUGUGACGUGUGGUCACUUGUUGCAAUGUUGUCACUUUUCGAUGCAUUUCUCUAUUAAAGUAGUGUAGUUUCACCUUUAAUAGACUGGUGACAUUUCCUUUAUAUGGCGGAAAACACUCAGGUGACUUGAAGUUCCGCUCUAAGACCCCCAAUUUGGCCAAAUUUCAAAAUUGUCCUAUAUGCAUGUGUGAUACAUCAUUGAAAAGCUUAAAAUCUCAAUUUUGUGGGGGAAGAAAAAUUUUGAACAGGAGGGCAUUCAAAAAAAUAAAAAUUAAACAGCAAAACCGUAACUGGCGGUGAGAGCAUAAGAGAGUAUAAUUAAAGACGGCAUGAUUUUGGUCCAAAAAACUCAAUUGAGCAUGUAUUACCGAGUGUCAAGACACAGCUGUGAAUGGCCACAGGCAGAUUUUGGGGGGAUUUUAUGAGUAAAACAUGGUAAUAUAACAAUGGUCUUUUUCAUAUAUUUACCGUUUUAAACAUUUUUUUCAAUUUUUCUUCUCUGUUUGGUUCGAUUAUAUACUGUAUCAUCUAAAAUAAUGGGGAAAAUGCGACAGUAAGAAAAGAAUACAAUUUACCGAUAGUUAUGAGGUAGAUAUCCGUGACUUAUUUACAGACAGUAUUUUUUUUCAUUGUGACGUAAUUUGUUUAAAAGUUUAAAAUAUGCAAAUGAAUAAUUUUUUAAAAGUCUUUUUUAAAAAAAUGACAGACAUUUCGAAUAAUAAAUAUAAUUACUUACCUUCUUUUUAUGGCUGGAUUGAAACAAUAGCGGUUGCGUGACUUCUGUAAACGGGGGUCUCCAGGGUAAAAUAGACAAAUUAAAAAUAGUUCGGGGGCUUAAUGCGACAUGAAUCUGCUAUGGCAACAUAUAGACAUAUAGUUUUAUCAAACACAACAGUUCGGUUGGCUUAAAAUAUAGCAGUUUAUUUUUAAGAGGGUUGG